ACGGAUGUCAGUUCCAUUCGUCCCAACUCCGGCUGUUAAACAGGUUGUUCCAAAACCAAUCAAUUCAUCUUCACAAAUUGUAACUACUAACCAGCCACAGCAACGGCUUAUCAUGCUGGCCACUCCACUGCCUCAGAUCCAGCCCAACCUCACUAACCUGCCACCAGGCACUGUGCUGGCACCGGCUCCGGGAACAGGGAAUGUGGGCUAUGCGGUGCUUCCGGCUCAGUUGCAGCAGUCUUCAUAUGUAUCUAUAGCAAGCAACUCUAAUUUUACUGGAACAUCUGGUAUCCAGACACAGGCAAGGCUUCCAUUCAAUGGCAUAAUCCCAUCAGAGUCUGCCAGUCGGCCCAGAAAACCUUGUAAUUGUACAAAGUCACUGUGUUUGAAAUUAUACUGUGAUUGCUUUGCAAAUGGUGAGUUUUGCAACAACUGCAAUUGUACCAAUUGUUACAACAAUUUGGAACAUGAAAAUGAAAGACAAAAAGCAAUAAAGGCAUGCCUUGAUAGAAAUCCGGAAGCCUUCAAGCCGAAGAUAGGGAAGGGAAAGGAGGGAGAGUCUGACCAGCGGCACAGCAAAGGGUGUAAUUGCAAAUGGUCAGGAUGUCUGAAAAACUACUGUGAGUGCUACGAGGCUAAAAUAAUGUGUUCCUCAAUCUGCAAAUGCAUUGGCUGUAAGAACUUUGAAGAAAGCCCAGAACGGAAGACCUUGAUGCACUUAGCAGAUGCUGCUGAAGUGAGGGUCCAGCAGCAGACAGCAGCCAAGACCAAGCUAUCCUCUCAGAUCUCAGUCUUGCUGAUGAGGCCGACCCCAGCUCUGAACAGUGGAGGAGGAAAAUUGCCAUUUACAUUUGUAACUAAGGAAGUAGCUGAAGCCACGUGUAAUUGCCUUCUUGCCCAGGCAGAGCAGGCAGACAAGAAGGGGAAGUCAAAGGCAGCGGCAGAGUGGAUGAUACUUGAGGAGUUUGGACGGUGUUUGAUGAGUGUCAUCAACUCUUCAGGAAAAGCCAAAAGUGACCCUUGUGCCAUGCACUGCUAACUCCUGCACAAAAGACGGACGUGAACUGCACAGAGAAUCUAAGGUGCCAGGACAUUGGAUUUUCUAGAAGAUAGUUUAACAAUUACUGCAUUUUAACUCAGCCCUUGUUUUAAGAGACCUGAAACUAUAGUAUUGAAUGAGAAGAAAAUUUAAAUGAAGAAAUUAGUACAUUUUAAA